AAACUUGGUAUGCUAAAACAUAUGAUGUCAACACCAGAGAUGAUACAUUAGUAUUUCUGUUGAGUAUUUGACAGUUUGGCAAUGCUAACAGUACAGGUAGAAACCCUGCAAUGUAACAACAUGUUAAUACACCCCAUACUAAACUUGAAGGUGGAGAAACCCAACGGCACCCAACGCAAGGGGUGUUUGUGGGCGUUGAACCCCGCCAAGGUUGGUAAGAUGGAGGAAGAAGUACAAAAGUGGAAACGGAAGGAUCCGGAAGCGAUUAGGAAGUCCAUGUCGAAUCCUGAGGAGUUUGAUCGCGAAAUGGAUGAAUUACGAAGAUCCGAUGAAGAAGCGACGCGUCGUCGAAUGUUAAGCAUGGCUGGGCACGGGUUGUACGUACCCCACCCUGGGUACCAGUACCCUCCUGUUUGUGUGGGGUCGCCACAACAUUUACACCCGGGGGGUUCAAUGUCGUUACCCACCACCCCACACCACUACCCACCCCAACAGUAUAGACAACCAAUGACACCCGGCCACCGUGUGGCAGCAAACCACUCGUCUACGUUUCACUUUAUGACGGGGAGACAACGUCAACCACGACAAUUAUUUGGCUGUCCCAAUAAUAGUUACCAUAUAGGCACUCCUGAAAAUAGUUCAACCCCUAACAAUCGUUCUAUGACCUCACACACCACAUCAAUGACAUCACACACCACCUCUAUGACAUCACACACCACCUCCCCCCAUUCAUCAUCAGGGGGUUCGAGUAUGUUUGGUUCGCUAGUUGAUUCGAUACCAACACAAAACCUCAACGAGAUCGACCUUGAUUCAAGUUUGGCCGAUCUCUCCAUGUUACAAGGUUCGCUAUGGGACGGUUCCGGGGCCACGUUACCCCCUCUUGACGUGGGGCCAGUUGACCCCUUUGAUGAUAGUGGGGGUCAAACGGGAAACCCCCUUCCUGACCCGGGGUCGUCACACAUGAGUGAACAAGUGACAUCAUCAGACGACCCCCCGUUAUUCACCCCCGGUGGACGUUUCCAUGGUAACGACGUUCAAUUCUUCAACACGAAGCCCGUCAUGCUUCAUUGAUCUUCAUUUUUUCUUUUUACGAGGUUUUUGAAUUUUUCUGUUUUUAUUCAAAUUUGUUCAAUUUUUUUAUUUUUACGAAUUUGUUUUUUUUUUCCUAAAUUUUUAUUUUUUCAGUUCAUUUUGAUUGAAUUUAAUGUUCCUGAAAAUGUUAAUUUUUCCUUGUUGGUAUUUAGCUACUUAUUAGAUAGUGGGUAAAAGCUGUUUAGAUGAAUCUUGAAAUUCCCGUAAAAUCUGCUCUUUUAGGCUCGCUAUAAUAUUUCUAUGGUUGGUAUAAGAUUUCUAUUGAGCUCGUGCAGAGCUGCUUAUAUACGCUAGCUUUUACAUACCAGUUUGUGGUACGUACUUUAACAUAACACUUGCUGGUACCUUGUUUAUCAUGUACGUCACAUUGUUGCAAUAUUGUAUUAGUUUAAUUAUAGGCGACAAACUUAAAACACAGGGGAGGCAGGGAUAGUUAGACAAUCUAACUUAUUGGUUGUAAUGUUUACCGAUUAAUGUAGAAAAUUGGGGGUCUUCCUGCCCACCCUGCCACCCCAGGUUUGGCGCCUAUGCUUGUAGUUUCACGAUAUCACGUUCUACCUUAAUUUUAAUUAAUGUUAAUUUUUCAUUCGUUAAUUUGCACGCACAGUUUUAUGUUAUGUUUAUGUCCCAUAAAAAUCUUAUAGUUCACUGUGCGACAACCCAGUGUUGCCAGUUCACUGUGAUUAUUGAUUGCGCAUCACUGUUAACAUUAUCACAAACUGUCAAUCAAUUUUAAACUUCUUUAAAUUUUUUUAAAACUUAUUCAAAUUUUGAAAAUAUUUAUAUUUUUCCAAAUAUUUUUUAAUUUUGGAUUUUUCGGAUUUUUUCAAAUCUCAACAAAGUGACCUUGCCUUAUGAACUCACAUUUGCACAAAGUUUAAUUAAUUUUUACUUUUUUGCAAUUUUUUUACCACCCCACCCCCAAGCCAUACUCACCAACAUAGAAACAUUAUUAGACACACACUGACUCAUGUAGACUUUUAAAACAGAAUAAAAUCUAUUAUUUCUA